AUGGGGUCCUCUACAGCCCUCACAACGAAGCCGGCACACGGUACUCCCUACCAAUUGGACAAGAACCAGGUAUCUAGAGCUUCAUCCGCGCUUCUUAAGCACAUCAAGUCGAAACAGAGCGAGCGCGAAGCCACUGCGACAAAGAAGACUUUGAUUGGCGACAAUGACUCCGAUUCCGAUGCCGAAGAUACCCCUCUGCACAACGAAGCCGUAUGGCUCGUCCUCACGACGAAGAAGCACGUCGUCGACAAGAACAGACUGAAGCCCGGCAAGAUCAGCAUCCCACACUCCCUGAAUGCGUCGCCGGCGCUUAGCAUCUGCCUCAUCACCGCGGACCCCCAGCGCUCUGUCAAGAACAUUGUCUCCGACCCCUCGUUCCCCGAGCACCUCUCCUCGCGCAUCGACAAGGUGAUUGGAUACUCGAAGCUGAAGGAUCGAUACAAGAGCUUUGAGAGCCGGAGGCAGCUGCUCUCUGAGCAUGACGUCUUCUUGGCCGAUGACCGGAUUGUCAUGCGCCUUGUGAAUACGCUGGGCAAGGUGUUCUACAAGUCGGCCAAGCGGCCGAUUCCCGUGUCGCUCGCGCAGAUCGAGAAGGUUGAUGGGAAGAGGGUGAAGAAGGACCCCAAGCAGCAGCCGAAGAAGAAGGAUGAUGAAGAGACCGUUAGUCUGUUUGCGAGCGCGGCGAUUGUUGCCAAGGAGAUUGAGAAGGCGCUGAACUCGGCGCCUGUGCACCUUGCUCCGGCUACGACUGCGGCUGUCCGGGUUGGAUCGUCGAACUUUACGUCUGAGCAGCUGUCUGAGAACAUCGAGGCUGUGGUCAAGGGGUUGACGGAUAAGUACAUCACCAAAGGGUGGCGGAAUAUCAAGGCCCUUCAUGUUAAGGGUGCCAACACCAUGGCUCUGCCGAUCUGGUUGGCCAGCGAGCUUUGGGUGGAGGAGGCUGAUGUCGUGGAGGCUAUUGAGGAUGGAGAGGCUGAGGGGCAGAACAAGAAGCGGAAGCAGAUUGAGGGUGAGGGUGAGCAGAAGCUGUUAGAAGGAACCAACAAGAAGUCCCGGAAGCAGAAGACUGCCGAUGAUGACGAGGAGGCCUCAUCGCUGGCGGCGCGCAAGGCGAAGCUUGAGAAGCAGAAGGCCCAGGCGCUGAAGGAUGGAGAGGCUGCUGCUCUGAAAAUAUCGGCUGGACCGGCCAAGAAGAAGAAAAAGUCCCUUUCAUAG